AUCGUUGUCGGUGCAGCUGGUGUCUGAUCUUUUGCUGGGGUGCGCUUUAAUCUCGUUAAUAGUUGGCUUCGCGUUCCCAGUGAAGCCCGUGCACGCUGACUGUAUCGUUGCUUUAAAACGCUUUUUAAAGUGUACUCGUUAAAUGUUGUUUUGGAAAUGAAGCUGUAUCGGCGAAGGCGCUGGGUAGCGGAGAGGGCCUUGGACAGACACGAACGCAGUUCUGCUCUUUGACAGCCGGUAUCUGCCGCCAAUAUCGUGAUAGAAAGCUUCGAGAACCCGGCAGUCGUUAUUGCAAGACAUCACUCUUUUAACGUCUUGCAACGUUUCUAUUAAAUUCCUAGGUUUAACAGUGUUUCGUGGAAACCUGUGGCUUUUGUGUUUCGAUUUUAAUAACACAAAAACACUUAAGUGUGAUUUUUUUUUUCUUCAAAGAGGCACCGCUGUAAUGUCAUUUGAACUGUUGCUCUUAAAAACAGAUGACAAUUUUUCGAAGACAAACUAUGAAAUGGUUUCAUUUUGUAAAUAGUCUCCAUGAAAAUGAUAAACCUACAGUAUCUUGUCAGAACUAAAUACUAAAUAAAAAGCAUAGCUUUCAACUUAGAAUAUGUCAUUCCUUCAAAUAUUUUGAAUUGGGAUGCGACGUAUUUUCUAGCACAAAAAGGAAGUAAUUGCGGUUUAGUAAACGCUUUAUCUCAUCAUACUGUAACGGGGGGAAGCUGCUUCUUUUAACUCGUUUUGUUGAAAUGGACGUCUGUGCCAGAGCAGUCUCAGCUUUUGAGGUAGUGUUUAAAAACAGAGUAUUCUUCCUGGUUUUAAUCUCCAUCAAAUAAGGCAAAAACAAAACAACUCACGACAGCACCAGCUGACUUAUACUAAGUCAUCAAGAGGCGGUUCCGCCGAGACACCCUAACCACAGAAGCAGUUGUUGUUCUGGGUGUUUUGGGCCUGGGACAGCUCGGUCUGUAUUCCAGACUUGCACAUCCCUUCUGGCGUGGAUUACUGCGGUGGCCAGGAAGGUCUGUCCAGAUCACCAGGGCUGUUUGGGCGGUCACAUGGGGUCCAUGCGGUCGAAGUGUCUCCAAUGCUACAAUUUCUGGGAUGGCGAUGUUCUAUAUCGUUGCUGGGUUAUGGGUUUUAAGGAUCCUCCUUCCUGUGGCUGGUCCUCUCAGAGAGCAUUUCAAUGCAAUACGAUCUGACCGGAACACUGUGACGCAGAACAUUUUGCACAGUCAGGAAGACUGUGGAUAAGAAAGAUAAUACAUUUAUAUACAGGAAAAGAAGCCAGCGUGAUCCACCAUGAAUAACGAGGCUGAAGUCCACACCAUUGCCCCCGAGAUGCCAGCGAUGUUUGACGGGAUGAAGCUGGCAGCUGUGGCGGCUGUGCUCUACAUCAUCGUGCGCUGCCUAAACCUCAAGAGCCCCACUGCUCCUCCUGAACUCACAUACCAGGCCACUCCGCUCAACCGCUUCGUGCUGAAAUCCUGUCCCCUGCUGACCAAAGAGUACAUUCCUCCCCUGCUGUGGGGUAAAAGUGGGCACCUGCAAACAGCCCUAUAUGGCAAAAUGGGCAGGGUUAGCUCACCACAUCCAUAUGGGCUCCGGAAGUUCCUACCAAUGCAGGAUGGUGCCACGGCCACCUUUGACCUCUUUGAGCCUUUGGGGGACCACUGCACAGGAGAUGAAGUCACCAUGGUGAUAUGUCCAGGAAUUGGAAAUCACAGCGAGAAGCAUUAUAUCCGCACCUUUGUGGAUUAUGCUCAGAAGCAGGGAUACAGGUGUGCUGUUUUGAAUCACCUGGGAGCCCUGCCAAACAUUGAGCUAACCUCUCCCCGUAUGUUUACCUAUGGCUGUACUUGGGAAUUCAGUGCCAUGGUUAGCUACAUCAAGAAGGCAUACCCCCAGACACAGUUGAUUGUGGUGGGGUUCAGCCUUGGAGGCAACAUUGUCUGCAAGUUCCUGGGAGAAAAUCGCACCAACCAGGAGAGGGUGCUCUGCUGUGUCAGUGUGUGUCAGGGGUACAGUGCGCUCAGGGCCCAGGAGACAUUCCUGCAAUGGGAUCAGUGUAGAAGAUUCUACAACUUCCUCAUGGCAGAUAACAUGAAGAAGAUCAUUCUCUCCCACAGGGGCAUGCUGUUUGGGGAAACUUCAAGCAAGAGACCACUAAUGAUGGAGGAUGCUGAUCUAAGCCGGCUCUACACUGCCACCUCUCUCAUGCAGAUCGAUGACAACAUCAUGAGAAAAUUCCAUGGAUAUAACUCCUUGAAGGAAUACUAUGAGAAGGAGAGCUGCGUACAUUAUAUCCACAAUGUCAAUGUGCCACUGCUGCUGGUGAACUCUGCAGAUGACCCACUGGUGCACCAGUCUCUGCUGACUAUCCCCCGCACACUCGCAGAAAAAAAGGAAAACGUGAUAUUUGCUCUUACGCUACAUGGUGGACACCUGGGCUUCUUUGAGGGUGCCGUGCUCUUCCCUCAGCCUCUCACAUGGAUGGACAAGGUGAUAGUCGGGUAUGCUAAUGCCAUCUGCCAGUGGGAGAAACAGAAACCACCGUGCCAAAGUGGGACAAGGAGUGAGAAGGACUGCUCAGAGGACAAACCUUAAGAUACAUCCCAGCCCCGCCCCUCUCGUCACACCCUCGUCACCGACUCCUCCUACAUUCACGCCCACUUUCUUACAGAUGUUAAUUUUUAUUUUUUCUGUAAAAAAUCUGCUAUUGUGUUUUCUUGGUUUCUUGGAAAAAACACCUCCAUGGUUUGGCACAGAAAAGGGAGCUCUAUAUUUGAACAUGCUGGAACGAAAAUUAGAAGGAUUCUUUAAAAUGGUUAAAAGUCAGCAUUUAUAAGGGGAUUAGUUAGGCACUAUUGAUGCACAGCACUUGUGUAUAUUACCAAUGUAAGAAAACAUAGUGGAAUAUUACUUGCACAACAAAAGCUUCCACAUAACAGUCAGCUAUCUAUGUUUAUUGUUAGGCACUUAAGGGAUGGCCACGACUGUUUUGCUGAGGAAUAAUCUGAGUUUACACUGUGUAGAUCCUGUUUGCACUUUGCACCCCAUUAAACUCAAAGCACUGAGAAGCUAAAUUUUAUAAAUAUCUGAGAUUAAGUUUUGAAAGCUGUUUUUUUUUUUGUUCAAAGGAUAUGUUGAAUUGUUUUAUUUUGUAGUGCAUUAACGUUUUAGUCUCCCUUUUCAUUUUAAUUUCCCGGACAUUAACUUUUGCCAACUUCAACCUUGAAGUUGAUCACUGUAAUGUAGAGCCAUGGAGUUACUUCCUUAAAUCUGAUCUGAGUAUUUUCUUGGGAAGUCUGUGCUUUUACAAAUUAAGUAUCAGAUAGAGAUAAUCAUCAUGAGGUUCUGUGCAAAGUCAUCCUGUAUUUUUAUAUCACAAUUUUCCUUUUACUUUUUUGUAAUUGGUAGUUUUGGUUCCCGAAAUUUUUAUUUAAUGAAAUCCUAAAAAUGAACACAAGUUCUAUGUAGUGGUAAGUUUAACAAGGGAGAGAAGUCCUAAGAACUUUUAAGAACAAUUUUCUUCUCCACACUAGAACAGAAUAAUAUCAGGAGCAAGUUUAUACUCUGUCUUCUACCUUUCACUUAGUAUGCUUGAGUCUCUCAUGAGAAAGUGAGAAACAUCAGAUGUUGCUAAUUUCCAUCUGUUAGUUCGCAAAAUUACAAACACUGGGAAAGAAAUGUUCUCUCUAACUGCCUCAACAUCCAGGAAAGGUGUAUAUGAUUUGUAAGAGUAGAUGGUUGCUGUGUAUUUCAGUUUUACUCUGUGCUUCAAUAUUGUUAGGUAACCAGUUUAGCCAAGUUUCAUUGCAGUGGAUUACAACAACAUUUAAAAUGAAACCUUAGAAAAAACAGUUUGUCAUUUUACUUCACUUAACGGUCUGUUAGAACUUGUGUUUUUUCCAACAAUUGUACUGUUAAACCAACUCAUCAGUAAUAAGGCUGUUAAUAACCAUCAUCAUUUGGUUUUUGAAGGGCAUUAAUUAAGAACCAUAUCGAUUGGGUAAUGUGCUGGUUUAACAAUGAUACCUCGCACUGUUAAUUGUUUCUACAGGCCGACAUAUUGUCUAAUCCUCGGUUUUAAAAAAUGUCUCGUAACACCAAGGAAUCGAAGUUUAAAAAUUUACAUUUAUUGAAGAAGUACGCUUGGACCAUGUCUAUAGCAAUAAAAUUAAAUUGCUGCUGGAGGGAAAAAGAUAUCUCUCUUCAGUGCCCUGAAGGGAUGCCGAAUGGCAUUUCUCUGUGGUCUAUUUUGGCCCACAGAAGGUCAAAUCAUAUAGCUUGCGGUUGUCUUCGUGUAGUCAAUGGGGUGUCGACACUGAAAAUGAUUUCGCUGAUUUGUUGUGGGGAAAGUCUAGUAAUUAGUUGUAGCUUCUGGUAACAUGGUUCCAGUUGUGCUCUGUUGAUAAAAGGGAGUUGGUAAAGUGAAACCUGAAUGUUGACAUGUGUGCAUACUGCAUUAAUGUGUGUGAGUGGACUAACGGCAAACCCCCACCCAGAAUUAGUCUAAUCCAAAACUGCUUCUACUUAAUUACUGUAGAGUAACUACUUGGAGAUCUGAUCUGUUUUGGGAGAGUUUUUUUUUGAGCGAAUGAUGAGUGAAAGAUACUAUUCAUGGUUUUGGCUCUUUUUCUGUAUUUGUUUUCACUUUGUUAUAGCUGUUGUUGCUUUCAGUUCUGAUCAUCUCUGGUAUCUUCAUGUACUGUCACCUUUUCUCAUUAUUUUCUCUUCCAAUCCACACAAUAAUGUUAACUCAGAACAGACUUGAUAAAAUAUGAAAAAAUACUUCCAUCUGAUAAGUAGCAUUUACUGUAUAAGAAAUGAACAUGUUAUGAAACUGCAAUUAAUCACUUAUAGCAAUCACUCUAGAGAGUGAUAUUCCGUCUGGUUUAUUUCCCUACUUUAUACAUAACAUUCCCGGAAUCUGGUUUUGUGGACUUUCUGUAGAUGACAUUCAAGUCCUUAGGUUAGGUAUUAGGUUUUGCUUUAUCUUUAAAAGGUUAGAUUCUUUUUAUGGACACAUUGACCCUUACACCCAUACUGCAUAGAAUUUACUAUUUUGUUUGGGGAAGGGGGUGCAUAGAAUGUACAAUUUUAUUUUGGGGUAUAGGAAGAGCAACUCUGACAAUCCUUAGUGUUAAACCAAAAAUAAUCCGUAAGGGUUAAUAAAAGUGAAAUGUUCUAAAUACCCUGAGCUCAUUUUUCUGUAUCUAAUCUCAGAAAGAGCCCCAGGGAUUUGAACAGCAUUGUCUUUCAACUGGAUGGCGGCAUACUGUGCAGCACAGAGAGUAUUAGGAUUUUUUAUUUUUAUUUUGCAAAUUUAGUUUUGUUUAAUGCUCACCACACAGUCUCAAGGUGUUGGCAAGUAGGAUCUAUCAAGACAGCUUAUCUUGAAAACAGAAACAGUACUGUUUCUAGAACUAGUCUGGAACCUUCUCCAAUCUAACAUUGGUGUACACCUUUUGUUCUAAGGACCAUGUUAAUUAAUAUGUAGUGGAGAAUAACAAGCUGUCUCUAACUUGAUCUGCUUACUCUUUGAGUACCAGCCACGUACUCAUCCAUCAGAAAAGUGUCUUUGUUUCAUAUGAUUUUACUUAAAAUCUCCUCUUUGCCAAGUUUCCACUUAAUCUUUACAUUUAAGUUACAAUAGUGUGCCUAGGUGCACAUUGAGCCUAGCUGAACUAGAUUUGCACACUCAUAAUAUUGCAAGGGCUCCUUCUAUAGAUUUGGAGUGUAAACCUUGUCAUACUGUGUGUAGAGUUGCCAUUUCUAGGACCAGAGUAUAAGGCAGAUAAGCGUCGGCUCCAGGUAACAGGAUAGAUAUAAAAUAUAUACAGUAACUAGCUUUAAGGUUUUUCUGGACUCUAUAAGUAAUUUAAACUACUUCGGAAAUGUGCAUUAUUUUAAUCCAAAGCAGAAAGCAAAUAGGAGAUUAAAAAUGCUCAGAUGAGGUGUGAAAGACUGGACCUCGGAGGGUUAAUCUGAGUGUGGAUGGUUGUGAUGAAAAAUGAAUACAACCAAGACACCAGCUAAAGCUGAAGGUUCUGCUGCAGCUUCCUUCCAUUAUUGUGUUAUGCCUUUUUUUUUUGUCUAUUUCAUGAAAAGUUUCAGAUGCUAAACUGCAUUUAUUUUCUUCACUCUUUUUCCUGUUUUGAUAAUUUUUAUUUUAAAAUUAUGGUUGAUUAUGAUGUUCGAUUGGAUGUGUGUGUGCUUACUUAUAUGUGUACUGUAUGUGUAAUCACCACUCCUGGGUGUAUAAUAAAGGGAGAGAAACGACAUUUAUAACUGCAAAAUCGUUACAUUAGUGAAACCUUGCAUAUUUACCAUGUAUAAUUUAUACUGGGGACCAAGUUUGUUUGGUGGUACUUCUCAUGUUACCUGUAACAGACACAUUUAACUUGAAGUACAUAGAAAAUGAGUUUUUUUUCUAUAUGUAUACCCCAUGGUGUGUUUGUUUUCUUAUUGCAAUACAUGGUUAGUGAGAUAUUUCAAUUACUAAAAAAAUGUUGUUCUUCAUUGGUAGCAGUUGUGUCAUUGUCUUGUAGUCUUUUCUUUUUACAAUCAGUAUAUAAUGGUAAAGAGGCUUUCCUUUGCUACUUCAGCGGGCAAAAUCUCCACAUUAUUCUGAGUGUGGAGGGUCUUAUACAUAUACGCAAGGGAUCACAAAGCAGAUGCUUUAUAUCCAUUUCUCUCCAAAUAGUUAAGGUUAAAGGACUGCUUAGGAGCAUAAACUGCAUAUGUCAUUUUGGAACCAGAUCUUUAUAUGUUUAUCUUUAAAAAGGAAGAGGGCAAACUGUAGUCAUAGGAAGGAAAUUGUAACAUCAGCUAUUAGUUCCUCAGUCUUUUUCCCCUCUGAGCAAAGAGGCAUAUUGGAGUCUUGCUGAGAUCUUUUAAAACGGCUCAGGCACUCAGAAGACACCUGUGUCCUGUUGACACCAGCUUUUUAAUGGAAACCAAUCUAGAGUGGUGGGGGGGAAUGUGUAAUGUAAAGGCAGUGCUGCUGACGAGAAAGCAAGUUGUCUGUGUGAUCCUUAGAAAUGACAGGCCUGCAUGAAGCAGAUAUGAGUUGUGAGGGUCAAAUUAUAUUGUAACUCUCGGCUGAAUGUAAAAUGGUUGAUGUUUCCAUUUUAUCAAUGUUUUUUAAUGUAUCUAAAUAACUACUCAUUUAAGGCUUUACACAUCUAUGUAUACUUUUAUUUUUUUUGGACAUUCAAAUUUUAUUUGACAAUUCUGGUUAUUGCCACAUUUCAGAAUGGAUUACAGGUCACUUGUGUGUUUUCGUUCAGAAACCAAGGGUGUGUGAUGUAAUAUUUCAAGAAAAAUUACAGUUGUGUUUGAAUUAAAUUAUUUUCUUGUAAAUAUA